AUGCACUUGCACUCAGUCAGUAUUCAGCUUCUUUUGAGCGAUUAUAUUGCAAUAUAUUCAGGUUCAAUUGAUAUACGUCUUAUUCAUGUUGAAGCUCAGCGCUAUGAGGAUGCUCAAAAUGAAGGUUACACUCCAAUUUUUUCGGCUCAUGCAGCUCAAAACAUUUGCAAAAGAACCAGGUUGGAGGCUUCUCAGAUUUUAGAGUUCAUGGACGGUUUAUUUAGCUAUACACAUGCUUUUUCACAUUACCAAAUACCUGUUUUUGUCCUUCGCCAGCAAGAUUUCCUAUCGUUGCCAAUGAUAGUGGAAAAUCAAGAAUUUGAGGAAUACCAGCAAGAAUUAAAUCAAAGAAACCGAAUUUCAGCGUUGGGAUCUGUUAGUAUUACUGAGAUUGAACUUGAUGGUCUUGAAAAUUACAAUGAUGAAGCUUAUUUGGACCAAGGAACUAUAACGUUUAACUCUUACGAUGAUGCAACAGCUGAUGGCCAAAACGCCGAUCUCCCCCCGGAUUACCAAAAUUCAACUAGAUUACAAGCUCAAAUUUCCGGAUACGUUGAAAUAAAUGAUGAUGAUGAUGAUGAUGAUGAUGAUGAUGAUGAGGAGGAGGAGGAGGAGGAGGAUAAAGAGGAGGAUAAAGAGGAGGAUGGUUCUUCGUUCCAAAGUGUCAAUAUCUUGGAAGAAGAAGAAUCAACGGAAAAUGUUCAAAAUAUUAAUGAGUCAGAAAGAAGGCCUAUAUUUCGCACCCAGAAGAGAGUUUAUCAGCCAGGCAGUCCUGUGGGAAAUGUAUAUUAUUACAACAAGCCACUGUCUCCCUCAUAUAGUGUUAAUGGUUAUGAUGAUGAUGAUGACGACGUACUUUUGUUGAUUUCAUCCUCAACAAAUAUCUCGAGAAAACAUAGCUUUACCGAUAUCAAUAUCAAUACCAACUCCAACUCCAACGACCAAUUUAAUACCUCUCAUUCUUUAUCAGAGGAAGACAAAGAGGAAGAAAAGGAAGAAAUAGGUUUUGAAGACGAAGUACCAAUUGAAGGUACCACAAUGACUGGUGACUUAUUAAAGGGAGAAUGUGCAGGCAAGGAAUCCACACCUCCGGAUUACACCGAACAAAUGAUAAAACUAAAAAACUCAAAGAGUCUAGCACAAACAGAGUAUCCAUUUCACAAAAAAUACCAGUUUAAAAAGGGUGAAUCAGAGGAUCCUAUUACUGGUGAAAAUGUUUUAGAAAUUGCUAGUAAAAAUAUUGAUAGUGACGACAUUAAACACACUAUCAUUCAAACAGUUAGAGAAAUCCCGGAAAAUAAACCUAGAGAGGGCUCAGAUUUGCAAGAAUCAGAUUUGCAUCAGCAAUCGCCACAGUCAGCGUCAUACGCCAGAUCUUUGUCUCCUACUCCAAGCAUAUGGAAACGGUUUUUCAGAAAAAGGUGA